AUCAUUUCUACGAACCUAAAAAUUCCCAAGUGCUCUCACCAACUCUUAUCCAUUUCUCCAAUAUAAAUAACAUACUCAACCCUAUUCUCUUCAAAAAAACAUUAGUGUUACAACAAAACAUUUCAUUUUUGACAAAUUCAAAAUUUCAAACUACCAACUAAAAUGGCAAUUAUUCUUGAGGAUGAAGCCCCUAUUCAUGGAGAUGUAUUAGAAACUAUUCUUUCACAUGUGCCACUUGUCGACUUAGUUCCUUCUUCGUGCGUUUCAAAAUCAUGGAAUCGAGCCGUUACUUCUUCUCUCAAAUGCUUCAACAAGCCGAAGCCUUGGCUAAUUAUCCACACUCAAUGCACUCGCUCACCUUAUGACAUUUCGGUACAUGGUUACGACCCUCGCUCGAAUGUCUGGGUCGAGAUAUCUCAACCAUCUAUUAAGUAUGUCUCCGCACUCCGAUCAUCUCAUUCGAAUUUACUCUACAUGCUUUCUCCAUCGAAGCUAUCGUUCUCACACGACGCGAUGAAUCUCACGUGGCAUCACGUGGAUGCACCGCGCGUGUGGAGAACCGAUCCUAUCGUGGGUUAUGUAGGUGGCUCAAUCGUUAUAGCCGGUGGCACGUGCGACUUUGAAGAUGAUCCAUUAGCUGUGGAAAUUUACAAUAACGAAACGAACACUUGGGAAACGUGUGAAUCAAUGCCGGCGAUACUCAAAGACUCUGCGGCGUCUACAUGGCUGUCAAUCGCUACCACCGGAGAUAAACUCGUCGUCGCCGAGAAAUUCACCGGAGUUACUUACUGUUUCGAUCCGAAAACUAAGAAUUGGUCAGGUCCGUAUGAGUUAAGGCCAGAUCCACGUAUUUUUCACUCGAUUAUCGGGUUCGCGAACAACCGAUUGAUCCUGAUUGGAAUGAUCGGAGACUCUGAAAAUGUGGCCGGAGUUAAAAUUUGGAAAGUGAAUACGGAGAAUUUUGAGUGUGAGGAAUUGGGGGAAAUGCCGGCGGCGUUGAUUCAGAAGGUUAAGAGUGAAACAUAUGGAGUUUCUUCGAUUAGUGUUUGUUUAGCUGGAGAUUAUGCGUACAUGAGCAAGUCGUCGGAGAUGGCGGAGGAGAUAGUAGGUUGUGAGUUCAAAAACGACGGCGGAUUACGGUGGUGGAGCAUGAAAAACGAGGCUGCGGGUGACGGAAAUAGAUCGCAGAGAGUGGUGUUUAGUUGUUCUGUUAUUGGGUUAGGUGAUUUGCAACGAGCUAUGUUAUUGGAAAAUCGGAAAUUUACUGUGAAAUUGUGAAGAAAAAAAAAUGAGGCAUGGACAAAAUAUUUAUUUUUUUAUUUUUAUGUAAUUGUUAUCUUUUUUUUUUAAAAAAAAUGUCGGUACCAAGUACCAACUAUUGUUGAUUAUUAAUUAAAUUAAAGAGGAGUGUUUGAUCAUUUGGUUAAGUUACCAACAACGAAA